AUGAAUUUUACCUUAAUACGUCAACGUGAAGUUCAAGAAGGAUUUUUUAGUCAACAUCAAGUUACUUUGUUCACAAUCCAUUUGACAAUUGGCCGAAAGCAAAGAAACGUAGCGAUCAUCAGUGAUUAUAUGGAACAUACAACAUCGUUUGUUUACUGUGCACAACAAAUUCUCGUCCGAUUCAUCAAAAAGAACUUUUCAUUGGUGGAAAAGAUCAGUUAUGUCAGCGACGGUGCUAGUGGACACUUCUAA